AUGCUCACAAUCUCAGUUGAAUGGCAACAUCACGCAGAAUCCGCACAUAUUCAGGACGAUAUAGGCUUUGAUUUUGGUGAUCAAAUGAUCGAUGUUCCCAUUCUUGAGGAACCUGAGCUCACAGAUGCAUUCCCCACCUUCAAUCACGAUGAUAUCAAAGUCGAGUAUCACCCAAACAGUGGUAUCAUGACCAGUAUACACAGAUUCAAUACUUUUGAGUGUCAUCCUGCCACAACCUCGAUUCCCCCACCUGAUGGACACCCUUGGCAUCCAUUAAAAUCAUGCCUUGAAUUCAAAAUCGCCAAGAUCAUUCUUGAGGUUGGGCUAAACAACAAACAAACUGAUCGCCUCAUCAAGUUGUGUCACUGA